AUGGAUCUCUCAGGCCUCUCAUCGUCGGAACAGCAAGCAAUGUCUCGCAUCAUCGAGCAAAAACAGAUGAAAGACUUUCUCAAACUCUACACCGGUCUGGUGGAACGAUGCUUCGAGUCUUGCUGCAACGAUUUCACCUCGAAAGCGCUCAGCUCCAAGGAGGACACAUGCGUCUCGAACUGCAUCCAGAAGUUUUUGAAGCAUUCCGAACGUGUCGGUGCCCGGUUCGGCGAAGAAAACGCAAAGAUGAUGGCUCAGCAACAGAACAAGUAA